UUUUUUUUUUAGUUGUGUGUGUGAUUUUCGUGAAUUUCAAGAAAUCGGCAAAGGUAGAGAUAUUGUUUUUUUAAUUUAAAUUAAAGUUAAAAUAUGUAGAUCUCGUAAUCAAAAAUUAGAAGCGAUGGCGUUGUUCAUUUAGUUAAAUGCAUUUAAUGCAUUGUAUGAUAUUUUCAUUUGAUCAUAAAACGUGUAAAAAGAUGGCAAAAAUAUAUAAUAUUUCACAAAAAAAGCAUAUGAAAGCCAAAUGAAGCGAAAUUAUUUAUUCUGAAGAAGUUAAUUUAUUUAAUACGGAUGUGAAUAAAGUGAGAAAUAGAAUACAUUGUUAUUGUUGUCGUGCGUAGCUUCCAUUGGUAAUAAAUUGCUGUGGUACGUUGUAGUUCGUUCAAGUUGCUGCUGUGUAAAGAAAACGAAAGCCUUUGCAAGUUGCAGUUUGCGUUCAGAGCGUUAACGGAGCCACCAAGAGCUAGUCAUUAUGAUGGAGUUAGAGCCUCGUGUUGCUAUAUUGCAAGAUUUACGCUUACAAACAUUUGAUUCGAUACGUUUCGCUUCAUAUCGUACCGCCUCUAAAUUACGUUACAUACAAAAGUCUACAAAUCUGCAUUUAGUCGACAUAUGGAAUGUAAUUGAAGCAUUUCGGGAGAAUGGCUUAAAUACUCUUGAGCCGCAAAGUGAUGUUAGCGUCGCACGUUUAGAAACUUUAGUUUCAUCCUUAUAUCACAACCUUAACAAACGACUGCCAACAUCGCAACAAGUUCCUGUUGAUUCUAAAGCUGGCUUAUUACUUAAUUGGCUUCUGGCAGCUUAUACCAGUGAUAAUUCUGGUAAAAUACGAGUGUUUUCCAUUAAAGUAGCUUUGGCUACAAUGUGCUCUGGUAAAUUGGUAGAUAAGUUAAGAUAUAUAUUUUCUCAAAUAUCGGACGGUGCUGGUCAACUGGUAACAUGGAAAUUGGGAGAAUUUUUACGUGAAGUAUUAGCUUUACCGGCAGCGGUUUACGAAUCGCCUACAUUCCAUUACAAGGAUGGGCUUGAAGACGAGAUUUUUCCGGCCGAAAAUAAAGUCACUGUGAAUGACUUCAUGGCAACACUUAUGUCUGAACCGGGACCAUCCUGCCUUGUGUGGUUACCUUUGUUGCACCGUUUGGCCACGGUUGAGACGAUUGUGCAUCCGACAAUCUGCUCUGUCUGUCAUAAGGAAAACUUCACGGGCUUUCGUUAUCGUUGUCAGCGAUGUCACGCCUACCAAUUGUGUCAGGAGUGCUUUUGGCAUGGCAAGACGUCACUGAAUCAUCAAAACGAUCACGAGGUCAAGGAGUACUCGAGCUAUAAAUCGCCGAGCAAGCAGAUUGGUCAUUCGUUGCGCAAAAGUUUUCGAUGUGUGCCCGAAAAGACGACUCAAGUGUUGCCACGAUUUCCUGAACAGCCUGAAAAGACGUUGAAUUUAUCGCACAUUGUGCCACCAUCACCGCUGCCUUCGCACAACGGUUUCAGCGAUCCGUCAUUACUCCAUGGUCUGGGAGGUGUUUUAUCCGGUAGCGGGGGCGGUGGCGGCCUUUUUGAUCGCUCAAGCACUAUAGAUUCACGUGCUACCGGCCGCAGUGUGGAUAGUGCCACUGGUGCUGCAGCUUCACGUUUGGCUGCUGCUUCAGCCAAUGACGAGGAGCAUCGUUUAAUAGCCCGCUACGCAGCUCGUCUCGCUCAAGACAAUCGUACACCUAGUGGCCCAGCUAAUGUUGCCGAUGCAGCCAAUACCAUUACUUCCGAUAAUUCACGAGCUCAACGGGAAUUGAUCGCCCAACUGGAAGCUAAAAAUAAAGAAAUUAUGCGGGAAAUAGCUCGGUUAAGACGCCAACAGGAAGCAGAGCAAAUGGCUCCGGAGAAUCCAGCAUUGAUUAAUGAAUUACGAGCAUUACGGCAACGUAAGGGAGAACUUGAAGGCCAUUUGGGAGCUUUGCAAGACUCACGACGUCAACUGAUGGAACAACUCGAAGGCUUAAUGCGUAUGUUAAAGAAUCAGCAGACAGCUUCGCCUAGGUCCACACCCAAUUCUAGUCCCCGCUCUGGUAAAUCACCUCCCAUGCCAGGCGGCACUGCUGCUGCGACAAGCUGCGGUGCUGGAGGCGGAAUUAAUACGCUCGGCACUUCACCCAUGAGUUCGCUGCACGUGCAACAGCCGGGUCACAAUGUAAUGGGAACCGGUAACGCUCUGCGCAUGCAACAGCAACACACGGCUCUAAAUCCGAAUGCUUACACUCAGAGUCAAAUGGACCAACUCACUCAACAACUGGCUAAUGAACUACGUGCUCCGUUCAAUUCAAAUGGAAACGCAAAAACAACAACGAAUCAGGAAACUGCUUACCUGCUUAAUAAUACAAGUGCAGAAUUAAAUGAAGCAGCAGAUUCAGUGACCACCGCUAUGUCUACUCUGCUAAAUGACUUGAAUACAGGCAUACGUCAUGUUGAGGGCGGCGAAUCUGAUGAUGAAGAAUAUGAUUACUUCAAUACAGAUUUGGACAGUGGAUGUGGCGGUGGAGGUGGAGGUGGAGGUUGUGGCGUUAGCGGUAGCGGUAUUUAUGACUUACCCGGCGCUUAUGAUAGUGGCAUAUCAACGCUACAAUUGCACUAUGAGUCUGACUUAACAUCUUUGGAGGAUAAUGCUGAUAAUGAUGCCGAGUUACGUUAUCGAAUUGAAAACGAUACAGAUGUUGAAUUAGAUACUGAUGUAGAUAUAGCCGAAGAGCAGGCUCAUAUUAAUCGUAUAAUGUGCUAUAAACAUUAUCCGGAAAUGUUGAUCGAUGAUCCCGAUGCCGGAUUUCCUUUAUUGCAUGAAAUCGAUUAUGAGGAUACACAGUCAUUUAGUAGCGAAUGGAGUGAAAAGGCCAACAUGACCAGUAGUAAUGAGAGGCAGUGGCAGGAGCAAUUCGCGCAAUGGUCUUUGAAUAAUUAAAGUGAAGCGGGAAAAAUCGAUGUGUAAACGAUUAAAUAAUAAUUGAGAUGUGAAGAAAAUGGAAAAUUUUUGUAUUUAGUCGAAUUUAGAAAUAAUGUAUUUUUGCUUAUCUCUACUUAUGUGCGCAUAUGUAAAGCAUAUGUAAAUUUUGAUGAUAAAAUCGAUUAACGUUAAGUUAAAGUGAUGAGUCCUUAUUUAUUUAUUACCUUAUUUUGUUUCUUGUUCUCUUCUUUUUUUUUUUGUGCUUAUCUAAAUAUGAUAAAACCUCCUUUUGUUUAAAUAAUAUUUUCGCGGUGUUGAAUAAUUAUCUCAAGUUUUUCCUAUAUAUUUUUAUAAUAUAUAUAUAUAUAUAUAUAUAUAUAUGAGUUUGUUUAAUCAACUUUGUGCUAUUUUGUUUUUAAGUCUUUAUUACGAGGAAGAAGACGUGGAGGGGGCAGAAACGAAUACAAGUAAUAUUUAAUGUACGAUUCUAAAACGAUAAAAAAUGAAAAAAAUGAAUCAAAAUUGAUUAACAUAAAUAAUAUUUCUAUACAUUUAUAUAUAGAU